AUGGCAUCUCUUCUCAAGCAAAUUGAGCCAGUUGACGUGGCAAGCUUUGCGUACGAUCCUGUAGACGCUUCUGCACUUAAAGAUGCGACAAUCAUCGUCAAUGAUGUACGUGUUAAUGGCGAGAAGGCACUUAAGCAGCAUGCUGUACGACUUGGUGACAUUCCGUCCGUUGACACGCCACUCCUUGUGAGCCAAUCUGAGCUUGCCAAGGCGUUUGCAGCACUUCCUGAGAACGAACAACUUGUUCUUCAGCGCACGGCACAGCGCAUUAAAGUCUUUGCACAAGCGCAACGCCAUUCGAUCUCAAACUUUCAGCAGCGCAUUGAAGGUGGUUUUGCUGGUCAAGAUGUAUCACCUAUGAAUGCUGCGGGGUGUUAUGCUCCAGGAGGCCGCUAUCCUUUACCAUCUUCCGUGUUAAUGACUGCUGUGACAGCUAAAGUGGCAGGUGUGACGACAGUCGUGGUAGCCUCACCUCGUCCAGCGCGUGCUACGUUAGCCGCUGCCUAUUUGGCAGGAGCUGAUUAUUUCUUGGCUGCUGGUGGUGCACAAGCUAUAGCUGCCAUGGCCUAUGGUGUUGGUGGUAUUCCAGCUUGUGAUAUUAUUGUAGGACCUGGUAACAAGUGGGUGACAGCAGCCAAAUCGCUUGUGUUUGGAAAAUGUGCUAUCGAUAUGCUCGCUGGACCAUCGGAGUGUCUUGUGAUUGCAGAUGAGAGUGCUGAUGCUGCGACGAUUGCAGCAGAUUUAUUAGCCCAAGCGGAACACGAUACGGCAGCUGUACCCAUCUUAGUGACUACAAGUCAGCAAAUUAUUGAUGCGGUAAAUGAAGAGCUAAAAGUUCAACUAGCGACUUUACCGUCGGCUCCAAUCGCUACGAUUAGUGUCCAAAACGGCUUUGCAGUACUGUGCGCUGAUAUGGCAACAUGUGUGACUGUAUCGGAUCUACUAGCUCCCGAGCAUCUAGAGGUUAUCACAAGCAACGCCCGUGAAGUGGCCAAUCAAGUUUCUAACUAUGGUGGACUUUUCAUUAAUGGACGUGCAGCAGAAGUGUUUGGUGACUAUGGAGCGGGCCCAAAUCAUGUACUUCCAACGGGUGGUACAGCCAGAUAUACUGGUGGACUAUCAGUCCACACAUUUCUUCGUAUUCGGACGUGGAUGCGCAUUGACGACGCUAUAGAAUCACAGAAGCUUGUGCUAGAUUCUGCUUUGUUGGCUCGCAUGGAAGGGCUCGAAGGCCACGCACGUGCAGCUGAAAAGCGCUUGCUAUAA